AUGAGCGAAGAAGAUCGUCUACUCCAAGCUGAAGAUGUCCCAGAACAAAAACAUUAUCGCACCAGGCUUGCUUUAUUGUCUUCUCUCCUUGAAGGAAUUAUUGUAAAUGUUACCUAGGGUAUUGUUGGAAUUGUGAUUUUGUUAUUAUAUGAUGACGAUUGCGAAAGACCAAUUCGCUUAUGACUUUAUGUUUUGUCCUCAGUUUUCCUGUUUCAUGUCAUAUUUUUAAUUUUGGUUGAAGCUGUAGCAAAAACUAUACAAAAGCGCUCAGGAGCAGGAUCAUUUUAUAUUGCAUUGAAUUCUAUGUUACACUCUUUUAUCUUCUUACUCCCCCCCCAUCCUUGAUCGAAUGAUUGACUGUAAAAAUUCCUAAAAAUUGGGGAAAUUAACCCCCAUCCUUGAUCGAACGAUUUUCAUAUCAUGCAACUUUUAUAUGUAUAAAAAUAUAUAUUAGUUAUCAAAAGCUAGGAAGAUGCACCUAAUGAAGUUGUUUUCAGGGACUUUGAGACGACAGAAAGCUUCGAAAUCAACUAUCCGAAGUGAUUAGUCAUCAAUCUAGGCUUAAAAAAUUAAUAAUCUAAUAAAAUAGAGAUCUUUCAAAUUUUUAAAAAAAAAAUUAUUUAAUAAGGAACAAAUUAAAAUUUAUACAGUUUAAAGGGGUACUAAUAAAUCAAAAUAUUAAAAAUUGGUAUUUUUAUGAAAUUAAUUAAAUUUUUUGCUCUAAAAAUAAUUAUUAAAUACUCUUAACCCUCUUAUUUAAAAGUAAAUAAAAAAAAUAUAUAUAUAUUUUAUUUUAUAUAUAAAAUUUUUUUUAACCCCCAUCCUUGAUCGAACGAUGGCGAGUCGUUCGAUCAAGGAUGGGGGGGGAGUUAUGGAUUUUAGUAGGAAUUGUAUGGAUUUAUGACGACUAUGAUGAAUGCCAAGAUGAUUUUCCUGAAGGCCAUGCUUUUACGCUUUUUGUAGUCUUUUUAUACUUGGGGAUCUUAGCAGGGAUUGUUCUGGCAUUUUUAUUGCUAACUUGUGUAGUAUGUUUUGGGUCAUGGCAAAUAUCGAGAUUUACAAAGGAAAUUAAAGAUUAG